AUGGUCUCUGGGGUCGCACCUGCGACAGCGCUCGGGCCGUUGCUAUUGCUAUUGCUGCUGCACCUGUCGAUCGUCUUGCGAAUUGCAACGGCCCACUCGUGGAUCGACUGCAUGGACACGGACCGGUCCAUCGUAUACGACCAAAGCGCGUCGUACAUCUUUGGCGGCGCAGGCGGCAACGGUUUCUGCCGCGGCUACGGCGCCGGGUACCCCGGCCGCGGGGCCGCGGACAUUGGCACGGCGUACACGUACAAAGUGCUGAAGAACGAGGUGCUGGCCGGGGCCCCCGUGUGUCAGAACGUGGGCGCCAACGCGUACGCAGACUGGCGGACGCGACUCGCAGUGGCCCCGGGACAGACGGCGUACUUCUCGUACUUGCCGAACGGCCACAUUGUCAAGGACAAGAAAGCCAUUGGCACGCAGCACGGCGUGUACUGGACCGGCAAAGUAGGAACAGCGCUGACGUCGACGCUCGAGAUGACGCCAAAGCAUUUGCUCAAUGGCCACACGACGAACUUUGACGACGGCAACUGCGGCGAGUCGCUCGACAACAAUGGCAAUCCCGGCGGCCGCGCCGGCGAUGGGAAGCCCUGUAUCGGCUCGCUCACUAUUCCUGCAGGCACGGCGCCCGGUGUUUACCACAUGGUCUGGUACUGGACGUUCUGGCUCGACGACGAGUCUCAGUACGUGGAUCAGGCCCAAGCGAAAGGGUACUUUGGGGCAGCCUACUCGACGUGCUUUGACAUUGAAGUCGUUCCUGAUGGAGGCGUUGCUGCCAACGGUGCAACGCCGGUUCCUCCAGCACCGGGAGUACCUCCAGCACCGGGAGUUCCUCCAGCACCAGGAGUAUCUCCAGCACCUGUACCUGUACCUCCGGCACCGGCAGCUCCAGGGCCUCCUAUCGUGGCUGCUACCCCACCAAAAGCGACGAUACCUGUAAGUGCAGAGUCGAAGGCGGUUACCGGUGAUCCGGUUGUGCUAGCGACGAAGAAGGGUCGUUCGGGACCUCCUAUCGGGGCGGCUACACCACCAAAGGAGCCAGAGGUGGGCGCAGAGGCGUCUGUUGGAAAGGGCUUUUCGCUUGACCCGGAAGAGACUGGCGGGUCCAAGCCAGUCGAUCACGACGCGCUUAUACCCUCGAGCUACAGCUUUGCAACUCUCGCGACCGACGACCCGGCAAUACAGAGCUCUGCGUCAGAUGCUGAAAAGGGUGACCUGGUCGUGCAAGAAGGGACCCUGAAGCCGGGGAUAGAGGCACCAGUGAUCGCAAAGCCUUCUGGUAAAGUGACUUCUUCGCCUGGUGCCGAAGGCAGUUUCAAGCCGAGUCCAUUAGAUCACGACGCGCUUAUACCCUCAAGUUACAGCUUUGCAACUCUCGCGACUGAAGACUCAGCAAAACAGAACUCUGCAGACCCGAACGGCACCUCAGAGUCGACGAGCUCUGCGUCAGAUGCUGUGGAGGACGGUCAUGUUAAGCAGGAGGAAACUUUGGAAACGGAGAAGGAGACUUUGUUGGACACAAAGGUCCCUGAUCAAGAGACAGCAGAGCAUGACUCAGUUGACGACGACGGUCUUUCGAAAGACGACUCGAGCUCUCUGACGACCGAAGGGUUGGCGAGUAAGAGCUCUGCAGACCAAAACAGUAGCUUGGAGUUGACGAGCUCUGCAUCGGAUGCUGAGGAGAACGGUCUGGUCACACAGGAGGGAACCCUAGAAACGGAGAAGGAGACUUUGCUGGACACGGAAGUCCCUGAUCAAGAGACGACAGAGCAUGAAACGGUUGAUGACGACGGUCUUUCGCCGUCGGAAGGUGGCUCGGAAUCGUUCACGACCGAAGAGUUGGCGAGCAAGAGCUCUGCAGACUACAACAGCACCUCAGAGUCGACGGGCUCCGCAUCGGGUGGUGAGGAGGACGAUCUGGUCACGCAGGAGGAUACCCUGGAAACGGAGAAGGAGACUUUGUUGGACACAGAGGUCCCUGAUCAAGAGAUGGCAGAGUCUGGUUCAACUGACGGUCUUUCGAAAGACGGAUCGGAAUCGUUCAUGACCGACGAGUCGGCGAGCAAAAGCUCUUUGGACUCGAUCGGCAGCUCGGGGUCGAUGAGCUCGGCGCCGGAUGCCGAGAAGGGUGGGCAUAUCCGGCAGGAAGGGACAACUACAGACGAUUCGGCUUCUUCUGCCAGUUCAGGCUCGUCAUCGGAAUCAUCCGGCCAUGCACGUGCAGCGACGCGGAGCAGCUCAGCCAACUCCGUCGCGGUACCACAGUGGUGGCUCAUCAUUGGCAUUGCAGUGCUUCUUGGAACGACAAAGUGA